CUAGUCUUAGCUAGUCAGCUUGCUAAUUCGAUCUUGGGCUAGUGAGCUCCUUUCUCGCAGACUCUAUUUAAGGCUCAGACUUGUGAUAGGAAAUAUUCCUUUUGUCGACAAUUACAGAUUACAAGGUCCAAGUUGAUAAAAAUAGCGAAAUUUUCAUACACAACAUUACAAACGAAAUAUCGGGGUCGGAAAACGCAGAAGCAAAGUGAAAGCUUCUAUAGUUGAAUGGUAAGAGAGCUUUCCGGGUGGCUCAAUUUAGUACUUACUAUUGGAACGUUUAUUGUAAAGUGAACGCCGGGGCUGUGAAGUUAUUUGUAAACAUUAAUUAAUGUAGGAAUCACUCGAGUACUAUAUAGUGCCAGACGAUCUACAAUUCUCACAAGACUUUAGUCAUCUGCAUUUGCGCAUCACGAUUUCGAUAGUAGUCAACAGGUAGGUGAAGGAGUGAAAAUCUCGCAAUGGGACUUAAAGGAAUUCUAGUGAAAGAUGGCGGAUUCGCCACACAACUUACUGUGCACGUCGGGGAACAAAUUGACGGUGAUCCAUUAUGGAGUGCUAGAUACAACGGAACGAACCCCAAUGCUGUCAUGCAAACACAUUUAGAUUUUCUAGAGGCCGGGGCUGAUGUAAUACUAACCAACACUUACCAAGCCAGCGUCGAGGGCUACAUGGAGUAUCUAGACUUGGACGAGGAACAGAGCAUUGAACUGAUGAAAGCUACUGUCCAGUUGGCGCAUGUUGCUAGGAGCACUUACUUGACAACACAAGGAGGUGAUAAGUCGAGAGGCAUUCCCAUGAUAGUGGCCUCGAUAGGCCCAUACGGGGCUCAUUUACACGAUGGAUCAGAGUACACAGGCAGCUAUGCUGAUUACGUCUCAACAGAAGUUAUCAAAAAAUGGCACCGUGUGAGGAUUGAUGCGGUUUUGGACGCAGGAGUCGAUGCCUUAGCAAUUGAAACCAUUCCAUGUCAGGUCGAAGCUGAAUCGCUCGUUGAACUAUUAUGUGAUGAAUAUCCAGAUGUUAAGUUUUGGGUGUCCCUGCAAUGCAAGGUGGACGGUAGCAGUUUGGCUCAUGGCGAAUCAUUCCGAAGCACUUACCUGUCUAUAUGGGACAUGCUGAAAUCUCGUAAUGCAUUAAAUAACUGUUUAGCCUUAGGCGUAAAUUGUUUGCAUCCGAAGUUUGUUACUCCGCUUUUUAAAUCACUAAACGGCCAUGUGCUGCCCGAACAAAGGAUACCUUUAGUUGUCUAUCCAAAUAGUGGAGAAGUUUAUGACGUCAACGCCGGCUGGAAGGGGCGUGAGGAUUGUGUACCACUUGAAGAAUAUGUUCCUGAAUGGAUUGAAUUGGGAGCGAAAAUAAUUGGGGGCUGCUGUCGCACGUACGCCCGUGAUAUACAAAGGAUUAGGAGUCGUAUCGAUAAAAUGAAUGAAUGAAUAAAUAGUUUUUACAAGAAAUGAAUAAAUGGUUUUAUAAAAAUCU